AUCCUCAGAAAGAUAAUGAGCAAAAGGCAUCGUUUCGUCUCUUCGCAUGAAAAACAUGACGAAUAGUUCAGCCGAGGUCAAGCAGUGUCUAGCCUCACCUGAUAUGUGGCAUCGCAGUUGUGCGGACCAGUUUCUCUUACUCUGCUAACCGUUGAACAGUAAUUGGUGAGCCUUUACUAUCUUUGGGCCUUUAUUCGAUGGAUGUUCAUGGGGUUUCACAUUUCCGUCCCAUAAACAGGAGAGAGAGAGAGAGAGAGAGAGAGAAACCGACAAAAAAUUGGGGCAACCAAUCACAUUCGAAGAACGAAAAUCUCAUGGCUGGCGGCCGGCACUCGACAGACACUUGGCGUAGGCGUCGGUUCAAAUAGAUUUUGGUUAAAUUGGAACCUCAUGGCAUUUGCCCCGCUAGUACUCAGCGGUGCACUUAUAUAUAUAUAUAUAUCCAUUUCUAAAUAUGUUGGUUCACAUAGAUUCUGCUUAAACGGAAUCGUAUGUCCUUGACAUCCCCUCGUAAGAGUACGGGCGUGUCUGGUGAUUAAAAAACCGCCAAUCCUUCCUUGGCUGUGCCGCAAUAAAUUUUCCGGCAACUCCUGAACUUCCGGAGGCUGCCAAGACGCCUAGGAAUGGUGACAGUUAAAAUAAGACACCUAGCGGUGGUGUCCCAGGAAAGAAUGAUGCCCUGAAGCGUCACACCGAUUCGUCACGUUAAAACUGUUCACCGUCGCCUCCAUUUGCCCCUUCCCCCAGUCUAGUCAAUCAGUCCAGUGAGAAGGCGAACAGUUGGCGUCUUCCCUUCCCGCCUCGAGUGCUGUUAUCGGCCGAAUUUGGUUCUCUUUUCGGGGAGUGAGGCGAGAGACUGCCCCCCCUCCUCCCUUCAAAUUUAACAAGAUGGUGGAAGGAAGGAUGUGUUCGUCUAGAGAGGCCAAAAGUGCGGAAUCUCUGAAGCGCAAAAGGCCUCAACGAAUGAAAACAGAUCAAUGUGUCAUUGAGGCUGUUAAGCUCGCUAGUACGCCGACUAGAAGCUCAGGAGACGCACCAAGAGAUUCAUCAUCAUGUAUUAUGAAAGCAGAUGUUGAUAUGCUGUCCAGGAAAAGUCGUGCCUCGACCAAGAAGGAUGUUUUCCCCAAACAGAAGAUGGAUAAGUUUGAUGUUAAAGAUAUGGAAUGGACUGAAAAGAUUGCUGAGUGCCCUGUGUACUAUCCCACGAAAGAGGAGUUCGAGGACCCUUUGGUUUACUUGCAGAAGAUAGCUCCAGUAGCUUCAAAAUUCGGUAUCUGUAAAAUCGUAUCCCCUUUAACUGCAGUUCCUGCUGGUGUUGUUUUCAUGAAGGAGAAAGCAGGCUUAAAGUUCACAACCAGAUUACAACCUCUUCGUCUUGCCGAGUGGGAUCCCGAUGACAAAGUCACCUUUUCUGUGAGUCGAAGAAAUUAUUCUUUUCGUGAAUUCGAGAAAAUGGCGAACAAGGUUUUCGCUCGUCGAUAUUUUAGUGCUGGAUCCCUUCCUGCCUCCUAUGUGGAAAAGGAAUUUUGGCACGAAAUUGCCUGUGGAAAGUCGAGAACUGUUGAGUAUGCUUCCGAUGUUGAUGGUACUGCCUUUUCAUCUUCUCCUAAUGAUCCGCUUGGAAGAAGCAGUUGGAAUUUAAAGAAUCUUGCACGGCUCCCAAACUCCACUUUUCGUCUUUUGGAGACUGCCAUCCCGGGAGUUACUGACCCGAUGCUUUACAUCGGGAUGCUGUUUAGCAUGUUUGCUUGGCAUGUGGAGGAUCACUACUUAUACAGUAUUAGCUAUCAUCACUGUGGAGCAUAUAAGACUUGGUAUGGUGUUCCUGGUAAUGCAGCUUCGGAUUUUGAGAGGGUGGUUAAGGAGCAUGUCUAUACUAAUGGUAUUCUGCCCGUGGAUGGUGAAGACGGUGCAUUUGAUGUCUUGUUCGGGAAAACAACACUUUUCCCACCUAAUAUUCUCCAAGAGAACGGUGUUCCUGUCUAAAAGGCUGUGCAAAAGCCUGGUGAAUUUGUGGUAACAUUUCCCCGAGCAUAUCACGCUGGAUUCAGUCACGGUUUCAAUUGUUGCGAGGCAGAGAACUUUUCGAUUGGUGAUUGGUUUCCUUUUGGUGCACUCGCUAGGAGGCGCUAUGCAGCUCUUAACCGGGCUCCUAUCCUCCCUUACGAAGAGCUCCUCUGCAAGGAAGCUAUGCUUCUUUCUGCGAGUUCAGGACUCGAAGAAAGCUCAUGCUUUUCAAAGGCAGAACUGGAUUUACGUCGCUGUAUUAAGGCUUCUUUUGUGAAACUGAUGCGCUUACAGCAUCGUGCCCGCCAGUCAUUAACGAAAGCGAAGACUUUCAAUGGAAUAUUCCCAGUUUCACAUGGAACUAUACUGUGUAACCUCUGCAAACGAGACUGUUACGUAGCUUACCUUAACUGCAAAUGCUAUUCGCAUCCCGUUUGCCUUCACCACGGUGUUCCAUCAAUGAAGUCACCUUGUCGGAGUGAUUUUGAUCUCUUUCUGAGGGAUGACAUCUUGGAAUUUGAGGCUGAAGCGAGGAAGUUCGAGCGGGAAGAGAGAAGAUCCAGAGGGUCUCAUCAGAAAGACAUCAUCGAUGAUGAUGGGCUCGAGUUUUCUAAUUUGUUUGACAGCAUUAGUGGAGACGAAUAUUCAGCGUUUGAAAUAUCAGGAUCUCAUCCGUGCUACGUCACGUCUCCAACUCCUCUCAGUGCCAUCCCCGCUCGAGAUUCAUCUAUCCACCGUGACUCUCUUGCGGGUCCCAAGGUUAGGCCAAGCUCAGAUCAGCGAGAUGAUAGUUCAGAUUCUGAGAUUUUCAGGAUCAAACGCCGAUCUUCAGUGAAAGUGGAGAAAAGAAAUGAAAAGAAAAGAGUGAAGAAACUCGGAGGAGAACUUAGGAGCAGGAAUGAGACGACGGCGACGAAUAGCUUGCUGAAAAGGCAAUCCCAGUCAGACGCCUCCAAAUGAACACCGAGAAGUUUCAGCAAGAGCUUCGACUUUAAUGCUGUCGAGGAAUCUCCCUCAUUAAGAUGCUUGGUCGAAACGGCUUACACUCGAAAGAGGUGGCCGAAAUUCUUAAAAAGGAUACUAGAUCCUGCCCUGCCUGAUUAGUUUCUUAGGUAAGCCAACAACAGGUUUAGGCUUUUCCUAAUUCUUUAUGCAGUCCUUGAAUAUGUUACCUUUUCCCUUUUCUUGUGACGUUGAGAAAUCAUUAAUUGAAAUAAGAUGGAGACUCGACGAGUAAGCUUUUA